AGGUCCUAGGUAGAGAGGAAGAGAUCUCUAUAUAUAUAUAUAUAUAUAUAUAAAUAAUAGAUAUAAUAUUAUAUGGCUAGAGAUCCUCUGGUAGUUGGUCGUAUAAUCGGAGAUGUGGUGGAUCCAUUUAGGACAUUGACGAGUCUCCGAGUGGUGCAUGGAACCAGGACUCUCAUCAACGGCUGCGAUCUCAGGCCCUCCCAAGUCGCCUCCCAACCGACGGUUGAGAUUAACGGAGGAACUUCUACUACUCAUGAUCACAACACCUUCUUCACUCUAGUUUUGGUGGAUCCAGAUGCUCCAACUCCAAGCAACCCUCAUCUGAGGGAGUAUUUGCAUUGGCUGGUGACGGACAUUCCAGGAGGCACUGAUGCCACUUAUGGAAACGAAGUAGUGUGCUACGAGAUGCCUCGACCGUCGAUGGGAAUUCAUCGGAUGGUAUUCUUGCUGUUCCAACAACUUGGCCGGCAAACUGUGUAUCCGCCGGGGUGGCGCCAGAAUUUUAUUACAAGAGACUUUGCGGAACUUUACAAUCUGGGCAGCCCGGUUGCCGCCGUUUAUUACAACUGCCAAAGGGAAAGAGGCACCGGAGGUCGAAGAUCCUCUUAAAAAAUUUAAAUCUACCUAGUCUUAAUUUAGACAUAUAUAUAUGUGUAAAAUUAAUAUUGCAAGUUAUAUAUAUAUAUAUGUAGUAAGUUAUAUAUCGACCGAUCCGAUCGUGAU